UGUUACCAUCCAGCGCUACACAACGCUCGUUGACAACAGUGACCGAUUCCUGCUGCUGGAUUCGGACUCCACGUUGUGUGCUGGACUAAAGGAGAGUUACACGUACUCCUUCUGGAUUCACGUUCCUACGGAACCUUCCCUGCUUCAAUACAUUUGGAUGUUUUUUACUGUUGUUUCCGCUGUUCAAUAACUACUGACAGGCUGGUGGUGUGGCUGUGAGACCCAGAGGACGAUAAGGCUGGCCGAGGAGCCGGGUCAGGGGACCUGGGUCCUGACAUAGACCUCACCCACCUCCACCGCCCGGACAUGCAGUCCAUUCGAUCAUUUGCUAAUGAUGACCUCCACGUCAUGGCCAAGCACGCCAGCGUGUACCCCUCUCCAGAGCAGCUGGAGGCCGUGCAGACUCUGGUCUCCGUCGUUGAGUGUGCCCUCAAAAAGGUGUCUGACUGGAUGGACACCCUCGACACCCCCCCAGAGACGCCCCCUCCCCCCACCAGCAGCGACGCCGUGCCUUCUGAAGAACCGACCGGCCCUGCUACCAAGCCCUCAAAGGCCUGCAAGGGCUCGGUGCUGUGCGGGGUGAUGCGCGUGGGCCUGGUGGCCAAGGGCCUCCUGAUCAGGGGAGACCUGGACCUGGAGCUGGUGCUGAUGUGUCGCCAGAAGCCCACCAAGGUGCUGCUGUACACCAUCAGUGGCAACCUGCCCCUGCAGAUCCAGACCCUGACGGAGGACACGUACGAGGUGCGCCCGUGCGUGGCGGAGGCCGCCAUCCGGGUGUUCAACACCAAAGACCCCGCCCUCACCCUGAACAUCUGCCUGUCCUCCCUGGCCAUGAGGGCGGAGCGCGACACCCCAUCCCAAGGGGAGGCCUCGGAGCAAGGCCUGGAUCGCCAGGGGACGGAGGGGGAGGAGGAGGAGGAGGAGGAGGGCGUCCUAGACCGACACAGGUGCCGGGCAGCCCUGGCAUCCCUCAGGCAUGCCAAGUGGUUCCAGGCCAGAGUAACAGACCUGAAGUCCUGUGUCAUUGUCCUGCGUGUGCUCAGGGACAUGUGCAACAGAGUGCCUGUGUGGCAGCCAAUCAAAGGAUGGCCCCUGGAGCUGCUGUGUGAGAAGUCCAUAGCCACGUGUAACCGCCCGCUGGGGCCAGGAGAGGCGCUGCGCAGGGUCCUAGAGUGCAUCGCUUCAGGGAUCCUCCUCCCAGGUGGGCCGGGAGUCCACGACCCGUGUGAGAGGGAGCCGACGGACAGCCUGUCCACCCUCACGGCCCGGCACGCCGAGGGAAUCACACACAGCGCACAGCAUGCACUACGGCUCCUGGCUUUUGGACAGAUGUACAAGGUUCUGAACAUGGAUCCUCUUCCUGCAAGUAAACCCACACAGAGACUCUCCGAAGGGAGGAACCUGAAGAGACAGAGAGAGGAUGUUCUCCUCGACGACAGAGAAGCUCAGAAGAGAAUAAGAGUGCUGGACAGUAAGAUGACGGACCCCACCCACCCCAUGAACGCCCUCAUGCGCCUGAACCAGGUCCACCCCGGGCUGCAGUACAAGCUGCUGGGCCAGUCCGGCCCCGUCCACGCCCCGGUCUUCAGCAUGUCCGUGGAGCUCCAGGGGACUGUCUACGAAGCCUCCGGCGCCUCCAAGAAGAUGGCCAAGCUCCAGGUGGCUCUGAAGGUGCUGCAGGCGCUGGGCUACCCGGGGGGCCUCGACGGCGACCUGGACUGCCUGAGCGCCGACGAGAAGUCUGACGGCGAGAGCAAGAACGACAGGUUGUCGACCACCUCCAGCACCAACUCGGUCUCCUCCUCCACGGACAUGCCCGAGCCCCGAGCGCCCGGCCCCAUCCUGACAGCGGGAGGGAAGAACCCGGUGAUGGAGCUCAACGAGAAGCGCAGGGGCCUCAAGUACGAGCUUGUCUCCGAGAGCGGCAGCAGCUACGACAAACGGUUCAUUAUCGAGGUGGAGGUUGACAAGCAGAAGUUCCGAGGGACGGGGCCCAACAAGAAGGUGGCGAAGGCCAGCGCCGCGCUGGCGGCCCUGAAGAACCUCUUCUCCGGCUCCAAAGGUCCCAGCGGCAAGAAGAAGAAGCCCAACCCCCCGAUGAAGAGGCCGGCGCCGGCGGUGGUAACGGUCCCGGCUCACGUUAGUAGACCGAGAGGGCUGCCUGUGAUGCCCAGAGCGCCGUUUAUCAACGCACACCCCACCCAUGGAUACCUAACACCAGGCUUUGGUGCACCUUAUGGUUAUGGUCCUGCAACCCCUCUUCCUGGCUACGGUUUCACCCCCAGAAUGCCCCAAGUCAUACUUCCAGUCAUGAGAUUCCCCCAACCUUUCCCCAUCUCCCACCUGUACCCCUACUAAGACCGCCCUGUACUCCUCCACCCUCCAUGUCUUCUGCUCAGAGAAGAUUCUAGAUGUUUUCACCUCCUAAAGGAGUCUUGGAAUGUGUUUGAUAUAUUCCUUUGUUUGUCAUGUCUUGUAUGACGUUAUGAUUUUUAAGACAAAACUGUUUUUUUUGUUCUUUUCUUGAAAAGUUCAAUUGAAUGUUCUGUGAAUUUUGAUUCUGGAUAUUGAUUGUCCAUGACUUUGUUGAAAGUAGAACCUUUUUAUGGGUUAUAAACUCUAUUUUGUGAGAUACAUUUUAUUUUGAACUCUGUUAAGAGUUAAGAUAUUGCAUUUGAUAAAAAAAUAUAAAUAAAAAAAAUGGGCCAACAGUUGAGUAGUUUGGAACCCUGUCAGAUAUCUGCAUCACUUCCUGUCUCUACCUCACCCAAUCAAAACACAUUGAUCAUCGAAACAAAUGUUCACAUUGUUAAAUUGUUCUCUAACAUUGACUGGCAUGGGCUUUAACCAGUCUGUCUUUGGUUGUCUCUUCCCAGGGGGUCUGUAUAUUGACAGUGCCUUUUACCAGGCCCAGGCCCUGGCCACUCCUCUCAUCCUUCACCUGGGCCCCCAGGAUCUCUUCUGACCCCUGCAGACAGGGGGAGGGGCCGGACUGUGACCCUGCUCAUGCCCCUUUGGGCUCGGUCACCCUCUCUCCCUCUCUCACUCGCUGUUUUUCUUCCUCUUUUGCUUCUAUUUCGGUUCCUUCCCCAUUCUCUCUCACUCUCCACCUCUAUUUCUCGCUUUGGCCUCUAUUUUUAUUGUUUCUAAAUUCUCUCUUCUUCUUUCUGUCUCUUUUUUUUUCUUGCCAUUAUCUUCCUCUCCCUUACCAUCUCACUUUUGCCUGUAUUUCAGUCUGUUUCCGUCUCCAACUCAUUAUUUCGAUCUCUCACUGUUUCUCUAACUUUCACAAAACUGUCAUGGACUGCCUGGGCGUCAACUAUAGAAUAAGCAAUACAUAAUCUGACAUGGAGGGUCUUUCUUUCUCUGGGCUACAAUACUGGUCUGACUGGACAGGAAACCGCAGGCCUGCAUAUGAAAAUCAAAAUGAGAUGGACAUUUAGAGGAAUAUGAAUGUGAUUUGUGUGCAGACUUGGUACGGAUGUGAGACUCAUGAGUUUGUUCAACUCAGUACUAUUUCAGAAUAACCUAUGAGAAGUAUACUGUACUGUCUGUAUUAUUUGAAUUUAUACUGUACCUCCUGAAUGUGAAAACCAUUGUGAACAAAAUACCCUUGUUUACAAAAUAUACAAGCAGAUAUAUCUAUUCCAAUGUGAGGUGAAAAGAUAGACAUUGUUUCCAAGUGAAAGCGAGAAAGAUUUACACCCGUUAUUGUAUUUUGACAUGAACAACUGGUCAUAUCAGCAUAAUUUGAUCCUGCUUCACAAAUGACCUGUGAUGAUUCCCACCACGAGCUUGCACUCCCACACUGUAGAUAAGGUUGUGUUAUGUAUGUAUCAUGUAUUGCACAGCAGUCUGAAGAAAGCACAUUCCUUCUGCAUUCUGACUGGAAAGCACAAGUCUCAUGAGCAAUACUAAACUCAGGGAAGGACAUACUGUCUAUCUCCACCAAGGAAACUGCUUCUUCAUCUCAACGUUCACCCUACUGUACACACACACACAUUUAUAUACAGGUCACAGAAAAAGGCACAACAACCUUUUAUUGUUUUCCAUUAUGUAUUUAUAUAGCUCACAGCUCGUUCACCCUGCUGACAAGGAUAUCAUGAUAUUAUUACCUACUGUAGAUUGAGCGGUUUUUUGGUGCUGAAUGUGCUUAGUAGAAUGUAUAACCAAAGCUUCACAUUGAAACAUCCUCCCAUAGUGUA